UUUCCUAUACGCUACACAAAUAUAGAUAUUCAGCAUGCAGAGCGUGGAUCUGACUUCCGGUUCUUAUUAUUUUUUCAAAAUCAGGCAAACCAUAGGAAAUCAAAUAUCAUGAUUUAUACAGUUUCUAGGGAACUAAAUCUGUUUUAGAUUUUAUGCAGAAGUUAAAAACAAUACAGGAAACAUCGGCAGUAAACUAUCAAAUGAGUUUGAGUCACAUUGAAUCAGCCAUGGGACCUUUUAUGGCAAUAAUUAGCAUUUAUUUGCUAUUAUUUCACCGUGUUGUUACAAAUUCAAAUUUAUGUCAAGGACCUGAUGGUUUAGAGUGCUGUGUGGGUUUUAUGUGGAAUUAUGCUGAAAACAAAUGCAUACGUUGUUUAGAUGGGUAUUAUGGAAGAAAUUGUAGUCAAACAUGUCCCGUGCCAAGUUAUGGUUGGAACUGUCAGCUUACAUGUAACUGUAACAAUGACCAAUGUCACUACAUGUAUGGAUGUAAACGGUUGCAGUCUGAAUGUAGCAAUGGGCGCAUUGGCCAUUACUGUGAAGUUAGUUGUCCUUAUCCCAACUACGGAAAAGAAUGCCAAUUACAAUGUCAAUGUAACAAGGAACUCUGUGAUCCGGCUACUGGAUGUAAAAAGCAGGAAAAUCGUAUUCUAACGUCAUCUUCGGGGGGAGACAAUCACAUCACAUAUUCUACGAAAGCAACAAAUCAAAUUGAAGAACUCAAAGAUGUUACGACAGUCCUGUUCACAAAAACAUUCAUCAGAAAUGGUUCAGGGAAUGAACUGAAAAUUCGUCGUAGAAAUACAGAUCUCUCUCAAGAUAUCAAAGACCAUGUUAUUAUCAGUCUCGCGAUCCUUGUCUUGAUUUUACUUGCGUUAUAUAUUAGUCUAACUGUAAAGCAACGAACAAAAAUACCACAACAUUCAAGUACAAAUGAACAAAUCCGUCUUGGAAACAUUUAACAUCAGUGUUUCAAAAAGUGAAAUUGGAAAACGUGAUCAUAAACAGAGAAGUUUCAGUAUCAUUUUCAAUAUAAGACUUUUUAAUGUAACAAAGUGCAUUUAUACCAAUUUUCAAAUUACUACAUUGUUCAAAUUUGUAUUUACUUUUACUGUUCAUUCUUAGAUAGUUUAACAAAGUCUUGGACUUUCAGCAGGACGUAUCUAUCUAUUUCUUGCGUCAUAACAAGUUAAACUGACGCUAGUUUCAAGUGAAAUAUACACCGAUUGCGUAGUCAUAGCUCAAAAGCCAGACAAAUCUCGUUGGUUUCGAAGAGCAAUGGCUUGGUGUCAGAAAUAGACAGGCCUACGUCACAAUGCUGUUUCACACCAACUACCCAAAGUCCAAGCUCUUGUUAAAUUGGUUCUAAAAGUCAACUAAUCACAAUUCUUAUUUUUAAGACUGCUUUAACAUAACCAUAUGUUCUAAAUUUGCUUAA